UAAGUAGUACUAAUUGAAUUCGAAUACAUUGAUUCUAAUUCUAUUCUAUAGCGUGUGUUAAUUUCUGCUUCCUUCUCCAAAUUCGCGUUGACUUUUCCUUUGACUUUAUGUCCUUCUUCUCCAGCCUCUGCGCCUGCCUGCAGAGACGGCUGAAGAAGGGCGCCACAGCCUCCGACGACGAAGCCGAUGACGAUAAAGAUACCAUCGACGCCGGUGACUCUUCCGACCUCUUGUUCGACCUUCAUACUCUUCAACUCGCCACCAAUUUCUUCUCUGAGCUUAAUCAACUUGGUCGUGGAGGCUUUGGUCCUGUUUUCAAGGGAUUGAUGCCAAAUGGUGAAGAAGUGGCUAUUAAAAAGCUGUCAUUGGAAUCUAGACAAGGAAUUAGAGAAUUUACAAACGAAGUUCGGCUAUUACUAAGAAUCCAGCACAAGAAUUUAGUCACUUUACUAGGUUGUUGUGCAGAAGGACCCGAAAAAAUGCUUGUCUAUGAGUAUCUACCAAACAAAAGUCUUGAUCACUUUUUGUUCGAUAAAAAGAGGUCAUUGGAUUGGACGACACGGUUUCGAAUAGUUACCGGUAUCACAAGAGGACUUCUCUACCUGCAUGAAGAGGCCCCAGAGAGAAUUAUUCACAGAGACAUUAAAGCUAGUAACAUAUUGCUGGAUGAGAAAUUAAAUCCGAAAAUUUCAGACUUCGGUUUGGCAAGGCUGUUUCCUGGAGAGGACACUCAUGUGCAGACAUUUAGGAUUUCCGGUACACAUGGUUACAUGGCUCCUGAAUAUGCAUUGCGCGGAUAUCUUUCUGUAAAGACUGAUGUUUUUAGUUAUGGAGUCUUGGUGUUGGAAAUAAUUAGUGGGAGAAAAAACCAUGAUGUGAAUCUUGGUACAGAAAAAGCAGAUCUCCUAAGCUAUGCAUGGAAGCUUUAUCAAGGAGGGAAGACAAUGGAUUUAAUAGACCAGAGCAUCGGUAAAUACAACGGUGACGAGGCUGCAAUGUGCAUUCAGCUAGGUUUAUUAUGCUGUCAGGCAAGUGUAGUGGAGAGACCUGACAUGAAUUCAGUUCAUCUAAUGCUAUCAAGUGAUUCAUUCACUUUGCCAAGACCAAGUAAACCAGGACUUCAGGGUCGUGUAGGAAAGUGGACUACAACCUCCACUUCUGCUUUGACCAAUACUAAUGCCAGUAGUGCAACAAGAGCCUCAGGUGGUAGUAGUUUUGUAGAGGAUUAUUCUAGAAAUUCUAUCUCUACUUCUUCUUUUGAUGAAGGGAGAUAGAUAAACUACAUUCAUAGAAUGUAUUUAGGAUUCUAUAUUUAUUUUAAGGGUAUUCUUUUGUAAAAUUAUAUUUCUCCUAUAUACUAGCUUGUGGAUAGACAAUUCUUUUCUUUUAAUAUGAACACUUUCAUUUAGUCUAAUCUGAAAGACAGAAUUAAUAUACACGGAAACAUAGUAUCAAUCAAGGUUUGUGAAGCAUUUUGUAAUGAAAUUCUCACAUUAG